GUAUACGGUAAACCACCUUCACAAGGCGGAUAUGUGCCUCAAUCACCGUCAAAGCCUGGCCCACCAUUACCACCACGACAGGGCUCUCAACCACCGACUUCUGGACCAACCCCACAAUAUAAUCAGUCUCCACUGAGUAGUCAACCAUAUCUUCCACCUGGCGCCGAUCCUCAAUUAUAUUUCUGGUUCCAAGCUGUAGACACUGACAAAAGUGGAACCUUGACCACAGAAGAAUUACAAAGGGCUUUGAUUAAUGGUGAUUGGAGUCCGUUUAACCUUGAAACUGUUCGAUUAAUGAUGAAUAUGUUUGACACCGAUAACAGUGGAACGAUAAACUUCUCCGAAUUUGUUGGACUUUGGCGAUACAUUGAAGAUUGGAAGAGAUGUUUUCAAAAAUUUGAUGUUGACGGAUCAGGAACUAUUAAUUUUCAAGAACUUAAAACUGCACUAAAAACAUUUGGAUAUAAUUUAAGCGAUAAUUUUGUUAGCUUGCUUCUUAAAAAGUAUGAUAAAUAUGGAAGAGGGGAUGUAACUUUUGAUAAUUUUGUGCAAUCAUGCGUGACUAUCAAGACCCUUACAGAUGCUUUCCGACGUUAUGAUACAGAUAAUGAUGGCUGGAUUUUAAUUAAUUAUGAGCAGAGUUGGUUAUUAACAACAGAUAAAAUGUUUCAGUGGGCGUGA